AUGGGAGCAUCUUCAGAGCCGAUGGCCAGAUUGCUUAGGCCUAUGGCAAUAUGCAGAAUCAUACCUAAGGCAGUUCAACAGAUUAGCAAUCGACUCCUGAGUUCUUAUGACAUCAACCUAGAUGAAUUUUUUUCUGAGAUAGAUUCUUCUCUAGCUGCGAGCCGAGAUGUGUUUCAGCAGUUGGAAGGAAAAGAAAUAUCAAUAAGUGACACUGACUGGGAGAAGAUCCAGAUGCAGGCAUUUCGGCAAGAGAUCUUUGACUGCCCAAUCUGUAUCAUGCCACUCAGUCCUACUGUCCAUCCUGCUUCUCUCUUGUCCGAUAACUGCAAUCAGUCCUCACGACAGACUGUUCUGCUUUCCUGUUCACAUUUGUUUCAUCAUACCUGUCUUCAAACAUUUGAAGAGUUUUCCUUGGGAGAACGACAUCUUUGUCCUUUAUGUCGCUCAUACUAUCAAAAGAAGAUCCUCAGAUGCUGA